CAUCGCUUUCUGUGUGUUGUGUUCUCUGCACAGGCCUCGGUGCUCUGCGCGUAACAGCAACGCCGCUCCGCGGCCCCGAUCAGGAAGUGAAUUUGAAGAAAAUAAGCGACUGUGGAGGUAGAAUGACAUAGGGAGCGGGAGGUGGAAGAGAAGCAAGCGGAAAAAGAAGCGACUAACAGAGGGAAGAAUCGACCCGGUUUCUGGACCUGUAUUGGGCUGUUAUCCCGGGAUAUACUGCACACAAAAAAUGCUUAUAAAGGAAUAUCGAGUGAUUCUUCCUAUUUCCGUGGAAGAGUACCAGGUUGGCCAGCUGUACUCUGUGGCUGAGGCCAGUAAGAAUGAGACGGGUGGAGGAGAAGGAGUGGAGGUGCUAAAAAAUGAACCCUAUGAGAAAGAUGGAGAGAAGGGACAGUACACACACAAAAUAUACCAUUUGCAGAGUAAAGUGCCAUCAUUCGUCAGAAUGUUGGCUCCAGCUUCAGCUCUCAAUAUCCACGAGAAAGCCUGGAACGCGUACCCAUACUGUCGCACAGUCAUCACUAAUGAGUAUAUGAAAGAUAACUUCUUGAUCAAGAUUGAGACAUGGCACAAACCUGAUAUGGGACACCUUGAAAAUGUACACGGUUUGGAUGCCGAAACCUGGAAGAAAGUGGAUGUUGUCUAUAUUGAUAUUGCAGACAGAAGCCAAGUGGAACCAAAGGUGAAAUCAUCACCUUAAAAUCAAUGCAGAGACCAUCACAGCAUCUAGCUUUUGUUAUGUAACGGCUGUGUGCAGGCAGGAAAAGGACCCAAAGUGCAGACUCCAGAGACAAACAAGGAACUUCCUAACAAGAAAGACUGCCCACACAUGUGUGCCUACAAGCUGGUCACUGUCAAAUUCAAGUGGUGGGGCCUGCAAAAUAAAGUGGAGAAUUUCAUUCAAAAGCAAGAGAAGCGUUUGUUCACUAAUUUUCACCGCCAGCUGUUCUGCUGGAUUGACAAAUGGAUUGAACUGAACAUGGAAGACAUACGUCGCAUGGAGGAGCAGACACGUAGGGAGCUGGAUGAGAUGAGAGUGAAGGACCCUGUGAAAGGGAUGGUCGCUCUAGAGGACUGAGGCUGUAUUGGACCGUGAAUGCUGCUGCUCAUCAGAUCAGAAUAUCCAGACACCAGCGGAUUCACAUCCUCCUUUUGUCUCAACUGACGCAACAUCCGACCGGCCGGUCCAAAACCCACCUCUUGCAGUCCAAUUUGGUUUCAGGGACCUGGACCCAGUAAACUUCCAGUUUUCAGCUGAUGUUCUCCGUCCUUCCCUCCUCUCACACUCAUCUGUAUUUUUGGUUUAUUUUUUUUGAUCUAGUGUCCCCAUGUUAAUUGCUCUGAGGCCUCCAGUAGCAAAAUUAUAGAUCUUGUCAGUCAGUCAGUCCUCUCUUUCUGUCUAAAUUGUUCUAAACUACAGAGAAUAGUGUCAUUUAUUUCUAUUUAGGAUAUCCCAGUAGUGUAUAUAUAAAGUAUAUCGGAGAGUUGAAUAAUUGUACUGAAGUACAUAUAUAUGUGUAUAUACAUAUAUAUAUAUAUAUAUAUAUAUAUAUAUUAAAAAAAACAAGAUUUUUAAAAUGAUUCAGUACAUUUUGUGAGUGGAUGUUUAUUUUUUUUCCAGAUCAAGCCAAGCUGUAUGCUCAGUGCUGUGUUGCUUGUUUGAUCCUUUAAUUUCUUCUUUUUUUGUCAUUGUAUCUCCUUUUCUCCAUUUGUGUCAUGCAGUGUUUCCCUUUCUUAUUGAAAUCGAUUUGCAAAUCUACAAAUCCCAGCUGCAAGGUCGGGAUUGUGCUAAGAGUUUUGUGUUAUCUCUGCUAUAAAUCUGACCUAACAGAUACGAUUUUUGCCCCCGUAAAUAUGUUGACAAGUUCAUUAGCUUUUCUGCUGCUUUGUGAAUGUGUGUUUGCAUAUAUAUAUAUGUGUGUGUGUGUGGUUGUGGCAGGGCUUAGUGGUGUGUGUCUUUGUAACAUUGCUAGGUCACCAAGUUUUUCAGCUGUAUUUUUCAUGCCUCUUUCAGCAGAUCCUCCCCAGUUUCAUUUGGCUGUUCGGGGUGCUCGAAAUUGCCGUAAUUGAAGAUUGUGUCUGAAUACAAGUAUACAGUAAUGCAUAUAAAUAGAAAUACAGAGAGAGCAAUAGCUGAGAGGGGUGCUGGUAAAAUGUGUCACCGUGCAAAAUAAAAAAUUUAGAGCAGACAACUGGAACAGUCAUAAACAAGUGUAGGCCUGUGUCUUUUUUUAUUCUUCUGUUGGUGAUCUGUGCUGUCAUUCUGCAUCAGGUCUUGCCUUGUCAUCUGUUGUGUCAUCUUCAGUGGAUAAAUGGUGUUAUCCAGCAAUAGCAAUAACUAUCAUGACACGCUGGUCUCUCCUUGGUCAUUGCAGUUUUAGAAAACUGGAGCGCAAGCCUCAACUCAAGAGGGCUCAAGUUGCUUACUCAUCAUUAAAUUCCAUGUUUAUUGUCUUUGCAUGGGUUGAUUUUCUCUUGUGGGAUCUAAAGGUUGUUAUUUAAAUUUGUGUUUUGUUUUGGAGGGGAUUUUUCUGGGUGUAUGCAUGAGUGUGAAUGUGUCAUGCAGGGUAGUGAGUGUCUUUGUAGAAAGUUGAUCCUAGUUACAAACAAGGGAGAAAUUAAGCUACAGCGGGCGCUAUUUUGUUUUUCUUCUUGCUGGUGUUUGUUUGGCUUCCUUUGCCUUCCUUCCGUCCCGUCAUCUACUUCACAUCCUGCACAUGUUUUAACAGUAUGGAAAGCUUAAAGAGAAAGCAACAGGUAACGAGACAAGAAAAUGAUUAUGGACAUUUUGCACUAACAAGCUAAUAUUAGUUCAUGUAAAAUAAUUUAGAAACUUUAAAAUAACAGAUAAAUAAAGCCUAUUUUUUGUAGUUUAUGCACAAUCAUUACUAAAGUACAAUAAUGCAUACUUACUGAAUUUUGUAGUAUAAAUAUCAAUUUCACUAUUGGGUUUUUCAUUUGCAAUUACUAAAUAAAAACGGUAUCGAUCAA